UCUUGGCGGCUUGGGGGGCGCUGGCGGGUUCCCGAGCCCCGCGGCCGUCGCGGGCACCGGCGGGGCGGAGAGGCGGCCGGCUGGCUGGCUGGGCAGGGGGCCGGCUAUGGCGGAGCCCAGCCCUGAAGAUCCGCCUCCAAACCUCAAACCGGAGACACAGUCUCACCAGCCUCCGGAGAAGCGAAGGCGAACUAUUGAGGAUUUCAACAAGUUCUGCAGUUUCGUCCUAGCCUACGCUGGCUACAUCCCUUCCUCUAAGGAGGAAAAUGACUGGACGCCCUCCGGCUCGAACUCCCCCAUCCGCCCAGAGAGCGUGGUGGACAGCGACGGCUGGGAGUCGACGCACUCGGACCUGCACACGAUCGAGACCUUCGUCAAGAAGGCCAAGUCUUCAAAGAAGAAGGCGGCUUUCCGCCGCCUCAAGUCUGACAGCUCUCUGCUGGAGAAGAUGAAGCUCAAGGACUCCCUGUUUGACUUGGACCCCGUCGGCAAGCAGCAGCAGCCGCCGCUGGCAGGGCCGAAGGGGGCCCUGGACAAGAAGAAGGACAAGCGGAAUCGGAAGUCCGUCCUGGACGCGGGCGGAGGAGCCAAGCGGAACCGGGGCGGCGGCGGCGACCCAGUGGGGGAGAAGCGCUCUCGCAUCAAAAAGAGCAAGAAGCGGAAGUUGAAAAAGGCCGAGCGGAGCGAGAAGAAGCACAAGGCUUCCCUGAGCGAGACGGACUCUGAGGAGGAAGAGGGGGCGGCAGUGGCGCCUCGGCGGCCCAGAGGGGAGGAGGGUUCGGCCACGGCCGCGCUGGUCUCUGUGCAGGCUCCGCCGGAGCUGUUGGCUGCCAGCUUCCCCAUUAAGCUUGAGGACACGGAAGGGAAAGGGGGGAUCAGUACGGAGACCAGCCAGGAUGGGGAAGGCAGCUCCAGCGAAGGCGAGAUGAGGGUCAUGGAUGAGGACAUCAUGGUGGAAUCAGGGGAUGACUCUUGGGACCUCAUCACUUGCUACUGCCAGAAGCCAUUUGCGGGCCGCCCCAUGAUCGAGUGCAAUCAGUGCGGCACCUGGAUCCACCUCUCUUGCGCCAAGAUCAAGAAGACCAACGUCCCCGACAUCUUCUACUGUCAGAAGUGCAAGGAAGGUUCUCGCAAGCUGCCGCUGCUGCCGCCCCCGGCGGUUCCCAGCGCAACCGUCGCCGUUGCGUCCAGGGGAGGUGGGGAGCCCUAGCUCAGGAGGGGAGGACAGGCGGCUCUGCGCUGGGCUUCCAUCCCAGAGGGGCAGAAAAGACUGGACAGGGUCGGGAGCCUGCUCUGGACUGGUAUCCAAAAGGAGCCUCAGUUCCUUGGAGGCAGAAGACGGAGGUGCUUGGGGUAUUUGCGGUGGUGGUAGUCCCAGCACCCGGGAGGCAGAGAGGCUGCCCCUCCAGGCAGAUUCUGGCUGGCAAUUGCAGGCCUCUCGCUUCAGACCCACUCGCCCUUUGGGGGUUGAUCCCGGCCCACCUCCAUGUUCUCUGCGAAGGAGAAUGGCAUUCGGAGGCUGACACCGGUGGGCCGGAAUGACGAAACUGAAAACCAGGAAGGUUCCUGUUUUCACUUGCUGGGAUGCACAUAGCGUUGGGGGAGAGGCAGAGAGAGGGCACUAGGAAGUGGGGUAGAAGCACCUCUUCGUUUUUGUUUUAGCUCUUUCCCCCACCACCUAUCCUCCCCUGCCCCAGUAAAGUUCACCUGUAAAUAGACUGAAUGCAAAAGGGUUUUUUUUUCUGGCUUCGUUUAUUUUCUCCCUCCCAUCACACCCCCAGUUGGAAGACUCUUCUUUAUUUUCCUUUUUAAAAAAAUGUUCUCUGGCAUUUGUUUUAAUGCCUCCAGAUUCAGAGUUUGAUGCCAACUGAGGGAUACAGCCCAAGAAAGGAGGCUGGAUAAAAAAAGCAAAUUUUUUUUUUAAGUAAACCUUUACAGGGGUUUUUUUUUUUUCCCUUUGGAGGGGCCCGGAGAUUUUGUCCCCGUUGAAACUGAAUAAUAUAUAUAUAUUUUAAAUUCUGAGAGAGAGAAUAGAAGGGUUUUGUUUACUCCCCCUCCCCAGUAUUAACAUCCCCCAGGGAUUGUGAGGGGGUGAACUUUGUCAGGGAAACCCUUGCGAUUUUGCUGGCUUCAAAAUAAAAAGGGACGACUUAUUUGUGUUUUCUGACUGCUCCCAUUGAGCAUAAGGAUGAGGCAGAGGUUCCAGAGAGCGAGACAAAAGAGUUUGGGUUUGAUGAAGAAUGGCAAGCCCACUUAUUUUUUAAGAAACACAUCAGAAACUCCCCAUGCCAGGAUUCCCAGUUCUCUCAUAACUCCUGUUCUGCUGCAAAACCCCAUAUUUUACCUGCUCCCCAUUUCAGGUUAGCUGUUCUGAUCAGUGGGGGUUUCUGGUUGGGUCCCCCCCUCCAGCUCCCACCCUUUUUCGUUAUAAUAUUUGAAACUGUGUACAUGGCAGAGUUUUUGAAUGUAAAUAAAAGAUGUGGACCCUUUUGCGUUUGUA